AUGGCGGGGGCCGCGGCGUCCCCCGUGGGGGGCCACGUGGUGGAGCGGUUCCGCUCGCGGCUGCGCGAGGAAGCGGGUGGCGGCGAGCCGGGCGCCGCCGCGGUCGUGCGCGUGUACUUGGAGGCGCUCCGCGAGCUCACCUUCAACUGCAAGCCGGUCAUCAACGAGCUCACCUUCAUCGCGGGCCAGCACGCCGCGCUCGCCGCCAGGGGGAUCGCCGACGCCGUCUGCGCCCGCGUCGCCGAGGUGCCACCGGAUCAGAUAUUACCAUCUUUGUAUCUGUUAGAUAGUAUUGUGAAGAACAUACGUGGGGAAUAUGUAGAUCAUUUUGCAACUAGGUUGCACAGUGUAUUUGUUGAUGCAUACUACAGAGUUCAUCCAAACCAGUAUACUUCAAUGAGGCGCCUUUUUCGUACCUGGUGGUCAGUGUUUCCUUCUUCUGUGCUUCGCAGCAUUGAGGAUGACCUUCAAUUUUCUCCCUCGGAGAAUAACCGUCCCACCACAUCGCCAAAUCUGCAUCAAACAGAGUCGUUAUCUCCUAGGCCAUCUCAUGGCAUACAUGUAAAUCCUAAAUAUCUGGAAGCACAACAUAAGUUCAAGCAGGCCAAUGUGGCGCACCAGUCAGCAGCUCGGGACACUAUGCAAACGACUGAUGUGCAGGAGGAUCGGAUAAAUGGAUUAACAUCGAAUAGUUUGCGAGGACGGCCUUCAAUGUUUCAGAAAUCUUCUUUACAGUAUGCUGAUAAUCCUGAUCAACAAGAGAUGUUUCGACCACUUGCUGGAACAAUAAGGGCAACAUCACCACAUCUCUUGAGCACACAUUCAUCUGAUGUGAAUCUAGAUGGGCCAUUAGUCAAUUCAAGGAAAAACUUGUCCAGAUCACCACCUCUUGAUGUGUUUCCUAUGAAUGUGUCCCCCAAGAGAGCACUAGAGAGGCUACCACCAUCUCAUUCUGUAUUGGCACCUGAUCCCAGAAAAUUGCCUGAUCGAAAUGGCAUGUUAAGAUGGGCUUUGGACGAUGGUGCACAGCGGCCGACAAUGAGUAUGCUUGAUGAAGAGUACAGGAAGCAAAGUGCAAGGGAACUUAUUGAUGCAUAUGGGAAUUGUCAAGGCCGAGAUGUUGAUGAACGACUUCCUAAAAUGCAGCGCCUGGAUCCAAAUGGUAUGGCUAGCAGAUCUAGUGCACGAAAUUGGUUAACUUCAGAGGAAGAAGAGUAUUCGUGGGAGGAUAUGAGUCCAACUUUGACUGAUCGAGUCAGAAGCAGCUUGCCAUCUUUUCCUCCCGGAACCGUGAGAGCUGGAUUUCCUAGGGCAAAUGCAGGGCUACUGGAAUCUGAUGUUGGGAGGCAUAAUUUCCCAAGCCAAGCUACUAGAUCAUCGGUUGAUGGUUCACCAUUUAAUCUUGAAGAUAGGAUUACAACUGCAAGUCAUGUUGACAUUUCCACAAGGAGAUAUCCAAGCAAUUUUGGUGUUCAGAAUGGAGCUCUUUUGGAGUACCAGAAUUCUGAACAUACCCUAAAUCAUGGGAAUAUUGAUACCAUGCCAGCUCCACCUUGGCAGAAGCCUACUGGUCUGCCAUUGCAAAUACAGGCACCUCAACAUCCAUCAGUACUUGAUAGAAUACCACAGCCUGCCAAUGGUGAAAUGCCUGUCAAGAGGUUGGACAUUAGUGGCACAUACAAUGGUUUGAAUGUAGAUAUACCCUUGGUGGAGAAGCACAGGUCAUCACCUGCUCCUGCUCCGACAGAAUGGCUUCCUCUUCAUCAUACCCAAUCACAAACUUUACCACUAAUUCCACCUGAUAUGAAACAUGUUAGAAGUGCAUCGGAUAGCUUGGAAAUUAGUUCUUUUGUUAGCCAAGGAGCUAGUUCAUCAGUAUUUGUUCCUCGGCAUCAGUAUGAUUCCUUGGAUCGGAAAAUGGGUACCGGUAACUUAGCUCAACCACCUUAUCAGCACCAAGAUUUGUUGCCAUCAAGCCAACAAAAUCAAGGUACAAUUUUGGGAAACCAAGCUCAUCCUCAUCGCCCCACACAGUUACAUCCCCAUCCCCAUUCCCAUCCUCACCAUCAGAAGACUUUUAGAAGCUUUGCCUCUGUAUCUCCAUUCCAAGGACAAGGAGGUACUGCAACCAUGACACCUGUUUCCGUUCUGCCAGCUUCUUUUUCUGUACCACCUGCUGUGCCACCCUACGGUGUGCCAUCUGCACCUGGGUUUCCUAUGCCACCAUUACCGCCUGGACCACGACCUGUCCCACUGCAGAUGGGUUCCUCAUCAUCACAAGUCGGUGGCCCUCAACCAUUUGUCUCUGGACUGUUGAGUAACCUUAUGCGGCAUGGUGUAAUUUCACUGGAACCACCUAGCCAAUCUCAGGAUUCUGUUGGAGUUGACUUCAAUGUAGACCUCAAGUUACGGAAUGAGUCUGUUAUCAAUGCUUUGUAUCAGGAUCUUUCAAGGCAGUGUAAAACAUGUGGCCUUCGAUUUAAAUGCCAAGAGGAGCAUCGUGCUCACAUGGACUGGCAUGUUACAAAAAAUAGAAAUUCAAAGAACCGUAAGCAAUCUUCACGUAAAUAUUUUGUCACCACGGGGGAAUGGUUAAGAGCAGCAGAAACAGUAGGAAACGAUGGAGUUCCUGCUUUUGUGCCCUCAGACCCAGUCCCAGACAGAAAGGAAGAGAAAGAAAUUGCUGUUCCUGCGGAUGAGGAGCAAACAGCCUGUGCAUUAUGUCAAGAGCCAUUUGAAGAUUUCUACAGUGAUGAGACUGAUGAGUGGAUGUACAGAGGUGCAGUCUACAUGAAUGCGGCAGAUGGUAAUAUUGAUGGUCUGGAAAGGUCACAAUUGGGACCUAUUGUCCAUGCUAAAUGUCGAUCUGGGCCCAGCAAUACUUCUUAG